GACUUUCAGUCGACAGUCUGCAGUCUACAGUCUACAAUCUACAAUCAACGUUUUACAGAACUCCUAGAAGAUGUUGAACGUGUCGACAUUGUUGGGGGCAACAAUUGCUCUGACGAUGCUGCUGCUGAUGAUGUCCAAAUCCUGUGAGAGCGUCAGCGAACCAGUUUGCACAUAUCGCAAUUCCGAAGAUGAGACCAUAUUUCUCAAGUAUUUGCCGCUGCUGAGGAAGGGACAGGAUUAUGUGGAUUUUGGCAAGGAAGGCAAAUGCCUGAAACGCGCCAUCUGCACCGACACUUUCAAGACCACUGUGGAAGACUGUGCCCAGCAUAAAGUCACAUGCUUGAACAAGCAACGUUUUACGGGCGUCUUUCCCGCCUGCUGUGUCAAAUGCCCCUAAUGUGGAAAGGAUGUGACACAUAUAUGGGUAUUCAUACAUAUUAUAACAAAAGUUUAUAAAAAUGAUUUUCUUAACUCUCUUACUCGUAAUGAAUAACAAUUUUCUUCGUAUUCCACA